UCGCUUCUGCGCAUGCGAUCUCGCGGCCUUUUUUCGAAUUCCAACAGUGUUUUUCAAACUUGGCCACUUUAAGAUGCAGAGACCACAACUCCAGAAUUUUCCAGUCAUCAGGAUGCAAAAUAGUGGCCAAGCUCUUGAAAACAAAAGCCUUUGAGGAAGACUCCGAGCUCCAGGAACUACUGCUAAGAAGCCUGCUCUCCCCCAGAUUCACAAUGGACCUCCACCCCUUACACACACACACUUUGUUGCUCCUGGAAUAAAGAGAAUUUGAAGAGGCUGUUUUGAAUGACCGCAAUCUUGGCAUGCAGAAAGCUGUUCCCCAGGGCCAGACUGCAGUGAAAAUUUAGAUGACUGGGACUUGGUCCCACCACAAAUGGGGCCAUUCGCUCUCAACAAAAUGUAAAGUGGCUUUUAGAUGUUAGAUAAGAAAGCAUUCCUCUUUCUCUUGCUUUCUUUUUGUAUUCCAUCAAUUGAAACACAACACCUUGGCUCCCCUCCCUUGCCAAACACAAGAGGCAUUUCAGAAAAUGAAGUUGGUUGUGCUCUCUUUGGCAAAGGGAAGACACCAUCUGGCACACAAAGGGCUCCCUUGAGGCCAUCAACAGACAAGGAAGUCAGCUGUGAAGAGAGCAGAUGGGGGCUGCCCAAGAGUUUUAAGUGCUUCUCAAACCAACUACUCACUCCCUCAUCCUUAUGUAACUGGUCCAGCAUAAAUACUCCCACUCAAGAUGCGUCCUCCUCAGAGUCUACGGAUCUGCAAAUUAUGGGACCCACCAGCAUGGCAACUUUGCCCAGCCUCAGCCUCCUUCUGGCUGCACUCCUAACUCAAGGUUCCUGUUUGAUCUGUGAGUCUUGUGCAAGUCCAGGUAACGACUGCACCGGUUUGAGCCACACCUGUAAAACGCCUGAAGAUGCCUGUUUUACCUCUGUGGGAAUAAGUUCUUUGGGGGCCGACAAAAUCACUGAGACUAUCAAAACCUGCAUUGCUGGCAGCAACUGCCAGCCUGGACCCAUCAGUGUCACCAUCAACUCUGAGAUCCAUUUCUGGAGCACCUCCAGCUGCUGCCAAGAUGACCUGUGCAACAGCAAAAAGUUAGAUUUGCCACCUGUGAAUACCACCCCCAAUGGGCUGACCUGCUCAGCUUGCUUUAACAUUGGUUUUGAUCAGUGCGAAAUGGUGGACUCUCUGAACUGCACAGGAGAAGACAAUCAUUGCAUAACCACAUCUGGAACCUUGAGCAUUGGUGAUAACCCUGUGCCGUUUGCUGCCAAAGGCUGCAGCUCUGCCUCAGCAUGCUCUCUGCCCCUGGAGACCAGCAUUUACUCUGCGGGAGUCACCUUUCACCUCAACAAAAUUGGGUGCAAGCCAGCAACAAGAGCCAGCAGCACCUAAAGGAGGCACUGGUGGAGGGUUCAGAAGCCCUGGGGAUAGAGGCCUCUGGUGUGAUUCUGCUGGAGGACCCUCUCAGAUGAUUUGCUCCUCGGUCUCUCGCAACUUGAGAAUGUGGUCCUUGUAUUAUCUCCUUCACUGAAUUUAAUGAAUAA